CACAACAGCAGAAAGAGGAAAGAGUUGCGGAAGGUUGUGUGUGCGGCCGACAUGGAAUGCAUCGUCCUGAGCUCGCUAUUUGAGAGCAUUUUCGCAUUUCCUGCGUCCUGUGAGCCUCUGAACUGCUUGGAAAGGACAGAUAAUGAAAUGAUAAAUGACGUAAUAUUACACCGCCUCGAAGCAGAAGCGCGGCAACGAUAGCAUCAACCCGAUAAUUAGCAGCGAGUUCAGCAUUCCUUCGAAGCGUGGCUCCUCUGCGAAAAGAGCGUUAACCGUAUGUGCUGCGUGUGGAUACCUCCGGAGCUUCUUUAAAGGGGAAGAACCGAGGGCGGCGGGCUACAAUGGCAACGAGGCGGUCGAGGAUUCAGGUAAAACCCAAUACGGGACGUGUCGGAGGCGCUGGACCGGCGAAACCGGCACCCGCGAAAGCGUCACCCCGGAAGUCGACCGUGUCCAAGCCGCCGAACGUUGAAGUCGAACAGUCGGAAAACACCGCGAACGCGACAGCGGUGGCCCCUCCGCAGGCGACGGAAACCGCGAAUUCUGUCACCCCGUCCGUGGACCAGCCCGUAAUUUGUUCACCUGUGAGACAGGAAGUUCCACCCGUGGUCCCGGAAAAAGAAAUCGUCAACGAAAAACCCGCCGAGGAUGUCGACACUGCUGCUACGGAAAAUGUUUCGGAUGCAGCGACGAAGGACUCCGAGCCGGUGAAGAAAAAAAGGAGAGUGUCCAAGCCGCAACCGAACGUUCGUGGGGCGUCGGGCCGCGGCGUGAAACGACGGGAACCAGAACCUGUUGUGGAAGUUGAGGACAGUGUCGUACAAGCGGAGCGUAGGACCGAACCACCUGUAGUUGUUGUCGAAGAAACAUCGCCCGCAGAGAGUCCGAUGCUUCCUCCAUCCAGGACGAGUGGAAAAGCUGUCAUCGAGAAACGGGCACGGAAAGAAAACAAGGAGCUCCAAGCUCGUAAACGAAGGCAGUAUCGGACCGGAAGCAAAAGCAAUCCUCCGGAUCGCAGUUCUAUGACCAUGCUGGACUUGAUUUAUUACAAUCCUCCGGGCAACCCAAUGCCCGAGAAGCCGUCAAAAACAACGGUAGUCGAAGAAGUGACGACGACGGAAGCCCCGCCAGAAGAAGAGGAGGAAAACGGGGAAGAGGAAUCCGUAGGACCGCGGGUGAGGGUGGGACCGGACGGCGAGAUUACGAUCGACGAAGAAUCGCUGGUCAUUCGUCGCGGCCCCACAAAGGAAGACAGCCGAGCGGUGGUCUACGAGACGGGAACGGAGACCCACUACGGCUCGUUCCGAAAGAAGACGAGCGGAAAACGUACUUGGACGACGAGGGAGACCGCGAGGUUCUACCGGGCGCUGAGCGUCUGCGGCACAGAUUUCACCCUCAUGUCGACGUUCUUUCCGAAACGUACGCGACAGGACCUUAAGAACAAGUUCAAACGUGAGGAACGCAUUAAUAGAGAACUUGUGGACAAGACUAUAAACGAUCCCACGCAGUUCGACACCGUUGGUCUCGAGGAUGAAGAAGAAGAAGAGGAGCGGGUGGAUGAUCCCGACGACCCGAGAGGUUUACAAAACGGACACGACUCUCCUGCCCCACGUAAACGCAGGAAGGGCAGGCAGCCGAAAACCCCCGAUAAAAACCCGGACGAAUCGGUCAUCGACGUUGAAAUGGAAGUGGUUGAGGAGGACACGGCAGCCGACAACGUGGUUCCUCUCGAUGAGGAGGAACGUGCGCCAACUCCGCCCCCGGUGCCUCAAGCGUGCGCUACGCCCCUGGCGGCAUCUUCGCCCGCACCAGGGGUGUUGUCCCAGGGGCAGUUGGUGUUUUAUGCGAGCCAUUCUCAAGAGCAGGUGGUGCACGUGUUUGUGGUGUCGCCUCAGGCAAACGUGAGUGCUUCUGAGCUUGUGAGCCGUCUCAACACUCCGCCCCUGAGCCAGCAGAAAGGGGCCCAGCAGGGGACACCCCAAAGGACACCUGGGAGGUCACCCCUUGUUGGGUUCGCAUCUCCGCCUGCUCAAGCCAGCACAAAUGGGGCGUAUUCAGGUGUGCCCAGUCAUUCCCUAAUUCAUAGGACACCAGGGGUUAGUUUCUUGCCAAAGGGUAUAACACCCCUGAACGCAUCACCUUUGCAACCUGGGCAACAGGGCACGUUCAUGUGCCAGAAGGGCACCACUCCUGUUUCUGAAACAUCUAUGCAGCCUUUGUUGUCGCAAGAGGGCGCUUGUGAGUGUCAAUCAACAUUGCAGGAAGACCCCUUACCUGUGUCCGCACCUCUUGGGGUUGAUACACCCCUGACACCCGAGAGUGUCAGUGUUUGUGAAGCUCCUCAGAAGGAAAAAAUGGGACCCCUGCUCACUCCCCUGGAAACUGGUUCCCACGAGUCCCCAUCAGCCGAGCAAUUAAAAGGCCAAAGGACAGCAGUGAGCGUUUCAGAGCAGUCACAGAAAGUGCCUACACCCCUGAGCGAGAAAUCUGCAGAAACCACCACGUGUCAGGACUCGUCUGAUGCGAGGUCGUCAGAGCCUAUUACCACAUCUGUGAGAGUGAAAUUUUCUCCAGUGAGUGCUCAUGUGCAAUUGCAGAAAGGUACACCCCUGUCUACACCCCCAAGAGAGAACACUAUGUUGGUGAGUGACGGUGAGGCCACAUUAAAACCUAUGUCUCCGCCCUUGCCCGUGAGCAAAAAGUGUGCGCCGCGGAGUGCUGGACAGGCGACAGCACCGUGCACGUCGGAGGAGUUGAAUUCUGGACCCUCACCCAAAGACACCCCUGAACCCGUACAGACACAGCUGAGAGCUGGUCUGCCUCUCACAGAUAAUGAUCAGACAUUGGUGAAAGAGAACACUUGUGCAGAUUCUGCAUCCCUUACUGCAGUGCAACCACCUCAGGCAGUUCCAAAACAAACUAGUGCACCCAUGAAACCGCAAGGAGCUCCAAUGAGGCGACGUAGGGCCGUUGUGUGCCCGAAGACCACGUCUGAACCUCGUGUGCGGCAAAAGGCCGGUGCAACAUAGGCCUAGCUGGCAAUCCCAGUUAGGUGUGGUUUUUACACCCCUUUCACUGUUACACCCCUGAUGCAAUGGCAACUGUUAUACGCCCUGGAUACUUGUUUUCUGCAUACUUUUAUAUUUGAUAUUUUGUCUAUUUUUUUGCACGAAAUUUGUAGCAAAAAAACAAAAUCACUGUUGGGGGUCUCAGAUGGUACUAUACACUAUUUAUUUUGCAAUCAUUCUGUAAAAAAUUGAAGUCAUUGUUUUUGCACAACUUUUCUGGUCAUUGCUUAAUGGACUUGUAAUGUGUAUUUAUUCUACUUAACAAUAUUUGAGCAAAACUCAGAGGGUUUGUGCUCUCUCUUUGUGUCUAUCACUUCAGAGGCAAUAAUCAUAAAUUCAUUAUUUAUCCGA